GUGGUUAUAAAUGGAGGUGCCGCGUCCACUGUUGACCAGGAUACGGAAGACACAGAAUUAAUGGCUAUUUAUACAACUGAAAGUGGAAUUGCAGAAAAGAGCUCGCUGGCAGAGACACUGGACAGCACAAGCAGCUUAGACCGGCAGCGGAUGGACAUGAUAUAUACAGUAGAGGAUGUACCUCCUUGGUAUCUCUGCAUCUUCCUGGGCUUACAGCACUACCUGACAUGCUUCAGUGGGACGGUGGCUGUGCCGUUCCUGCUCGCAGAAGCCAUGUGUGUUGGCUUUGACCAGUGGGCAACUAGUCAACUCAUUGGGACCAUUUUCUUCUGUGUAGGAAUCACUACUUUACUUCAGACAACAUUUGGGUGCCGGUUACCCUUGUUCCAGGCAAGUGCUUUUGCUUUCCUUGCCCCAGCUCGUGCCAUCUUAUCUCUUGAGAAGUGGAAAUGUAAUACUACAGAUAUAUUUAUUUCUAACGGAACAGAGCUGCUUCACACAGAACACAUAUGGUACCCGAGGAUACGGGAGAUCCAAGGAGCCAUCAUCAUGUCCUCACUUAUAGAAGUGGUUAUUGGAUUUCUCGGCUUACCUGGAGCUCUCCUGAGAUAUAUUGGACCACUAACGAUCACCCCCACAGUGUCUCUUAUCGGUCUGUCUGGUUUCCAGGCUGCUGGGGAAAGAGCGGGCAAACACUGGGGUAUUGCAAUGCUCACCAUCUUUCUGGUCCUGCUUUUCUCCCAAUAUGCCAGGAAUGUCAAACUACCCCUUCCCAUCUACAAGUCCAAGAAAGGAUGGACUGCGUACAAGUUUCAGCUCUUUAAAAUGUUCCCGAUUAUUAUGGCAAUCCUUGUGUCCUGGUUGCUGUGCUUUAUCUUUACUGUGACGGAUGUUUUUCCACCAGACAAUACCAAAUAUGGGUUUUAUGCCCGUACUGAUGCCAGGAAAGGAGUUCUGGCUGUAGCUCCUUGGUUUAAAGUUCCCUACCCAUUUCAGUGGGGUCUGCCCACUGUGUCCGCUGCUGGGGUCAUCGGGAUGCUAAGCGCUGUAGUAGCAAGCAUCAUUGAGUCUAUUGGAGAUUACUAUGCUUGUGCCCGCCUUUCGUGUGCCCCACCUCCUCCUAUUCAUGCUAUUAAUAGGGGGAUUUUCAUUGAAGGCCUCUCUUGUGUCCUGGAUGGGGUGUUUGGCACUGGAAAUGGUUCCACAUCAUCCAGCCCUAAUAUAGGAGUUUUGGGGAUAACCAAGGUUGCCAGUCGCAGGGUCAUCCAGUAUGGUGCUGCCUUCAUGCUGCUGCUAGGCAUGAUUGGAAAGUUCAGUGCAUUGUUUGCUUCUCUGCCAGAUCCUGUCCUUGGAGCUCUGUUUUGUACCUUGUUUGGUAUGAUCACUGCAGUGGGUCUUUCCAAUCUUCAGUUUGUAGACCUGAAUUCUUCCCGCAAUCUCUUUGUCCUUGGAUUUUCAAUAUUUUUUGGGUUGAUGCUGCCCAGUUAUUUGAAGCAAAACCCAUUGGUCACAGGCAUUGCCGGCAUUGAUCAAGUAUUAAAUGUCCUGCUUACAACAGCCAUGUUUGUGGGAGGCUGUACAGCUUUCAUUUUAGAUAACACUAUUCCUGGUACACCAGAAGAAAGGGGUAUCAAGAAGUGGAAGCGUGGGGUGGGUAAAGGUGGAGCUGCUAUUGAAGGAAUGGAGUCGUAUGACUUUCCUAUUGGUAUGAACUUUCUGCGCAAGUACAAGUGUUUCAGUUACCUUCCUAUUAGUCCCACAUUUGCGGGAUAUCAUUGGAAGGCUCUACGGAAGAACGGCAAAAGUCGGCCAGGAGAGGAAGAAUCAGAGCCUACAGUAUAG